AUGGCGAGCGACGCGCCAGAGAAUCCCGACUCUCAGCCAGUCACGCAAAACGGGCAACCGGAACAGCACGACGUCCCCGAUGGCCCGAACCCCCCACCGCCUGAGCUCGCGUCGGGACAAGAUCCCCGACUGCCAACCCAUAAGGAUACGUCAUUGCGAGAGUUUCUGAAUAAAAUCGACGACUACGCCCCAAUUAUACCCGAUGCCGUGACCAACUACUACAUGACCAAGGCUGGUCUCCCGCCUCCGCCGCAGACCGACGCCCGCCUGGCGAGGCUGCUUGCUCUGGCGACGCAAAAGUUCAUCGCCGACAUUGCCGCCGACGCGUACCAGUACAGUCGCAUCCGCGCCUCGAGCAACACCAACAACCCCAUGGGCACGCUCGGCGCGGCCGCUGGGUUUCCUAUCCCCGGGCAACAGACCGGUCAGCCUGGCAACAAAGACCAAGGCAAGGGUGCGCCUCUAGGUAUCCAGCGCCCUGGGUACGGCGGUGGAGGGCAGGGCGGAAGCCAGAACAGGACGGUCUUGACCAUGGAGGACCUAGGGAUGGCCGUUGGGGAGUACGGCGUCAACGUCAAGCGGAGCGAGUUCUAUCGCUAG